UCAGUCCAACAAUCCAAUUUCCCAACAACCAAAUGCAAUUAAAGCCCAGCACUUACCCAGCUUGCCUAGGAGGGCCAACACAUAAAUGGGCUCGGGCAGAGAUCGGGGUGUCCUGCCCAGCAUGCAGAGCUCCAGGAGCAGCCCCUGCCCCAGGCUCAGGCUGCGGGAGGUGGCAUCCAUGUACCUCACCAUGGUCGCUGUCUUCCUGGUUAUCCUGGUGGUGGCCUUGCAGGGCUCGGUGCCCCGGGGGAGGGAUUUUCCCUACAAGGUGCCCCUGGAUCCUCAGGGGUUACUUGAGCUCUCCUGGAAUGUCAGCUAUCCCGAGGAAGCCGUGAAUUUCCAGCUCCUGGUCAGGGACCUGCAGUUUGGGCUCCUCUUUGGGAUGUCAGACAGGGGAGAGUUUGAGAACGCGGACCUGGCCGUGCUCUGGAGUGAUGGGAAAAAUUCCUAUUUUGGGGAUGCCUGGAGUGAUGCCAAGGGGCAGCUUCACAUGGACUCACAGCAGGACUACCAGCUCCUCGGGGCUCAGAGGGCUCCUGAGGGGCUCUACCUCCUCUUCAGAAGACCCUUCAGUACCUGUGACCCCAAGGACUACUUCAUAGAGGAUGGCACCGUGCACCUUAUCUAUGGGAUCCUGGAGAAACCAGUCCAUUCCCUCCAAGCCAUCAACAUCUCUGCCAUCCACAGGGGACUGCAGAGAGUGCAGCUGCUCAAGCCCAACAUCUCCAUUCCUGAACUGCCCAGAGAUGUGAAGACCAUGGAGAUAACAGCCCCUGACAUUGUCAUUCCCAGCCAGGAGACAACCUACUGGUGUUACAUGACAGAGCUCCCAAAGAGCUUCCUCAAACAUCACAUCAUCAGGUAUGAGCCAGUGAUCACAGCAGGCAACGAGGCUCUGGUCCACCACAUGGAGGUUUUCCAGUGUGCUGCUGAGUUUGACACCUUCCCCCAGUACAACGGGCCCUGUGACUCCAAGAUGAAGCCAGAGAGGCUCAAUUACUGCAGACACGUGCUGGCAGCCUGGGCCAUGGGAGCUCAGGCUUUCUACUACCCCGAAGAAGCAGGUCUUGCCUUUGGUGGCCCAGGCUCCUCCAGAUAUUUACGCCUAGAGAUUCAUUACCACAACCCUCUGGUGUUCAAAGGUCGCCAGGACUCCUCGGGGAUCCGCCUCUACUACACAGCCACCCUGAGACCCUAUGAUGCUGGCAUCAUGGAGCUGGGCUUGGUCUACACCCCAGUGAUGGCCAUUCCCCCAGGCCAGGAUGCUUUCAUCCUCACAGGGUACUGCACUGACAAAUGCACCCAACUGGCUCUGCCUGCUGCCGGCAUCCGAAUCUUCGCCUCCCAGCUCCACACCCACCUGGCAGGAAGGAAAGUGGUGACAGUGCUGGCCCGGGAGGGCAGAGAGCAGCAGGUGGUGAAUGCUGAUGGGCACUACAGCCCUCACUUCCAGGAGAUCCGCAUGCUGAAGGAGGUGGUUCCAGUGUUCCCGGGUGAUGAACUGAUCACAACCUGCACCUACAACACAGAGGACCGGAACCGAGCCACCGUGGGUGGGUUUGGCAUCCUGGAGGAGAUGUGUGUCAACUACGUGCACUACUACCCCCAGACACAGCUGGAGCUCUGCAAAAGUGCUGUGGAUCCUGGCUACCUGCACCGCUACUUCAACCUUGUGAACAGGUUUAACGACGAGGAAGUCUGCAUGUGCCCCCAGGUCUCUGUCCCACAGCAGUUUUUCUCUGUCCCCUGGAACACCUUCAACAGGGAUGUCCUGAAAUCCCUCUAUGGCUUUGCUCCCAUCUCAGUGCACUGCAACAAAUCCUCAGCCAUCCGGUUCCCGGGCGAGUGGGAGAAGCAGCCACUUCCCACCAUCACCGAGAGGCUGCGGGAGCCCAUCCCUCACUGCCCGCCUGCCCUGGGCCCUCAGCCUGCUGCCCCCAUCCCCAUCCCCCUGGGCGAGCUCAGGAGGGACUGACACCCCAUCCCCACUCCUUCCAUCACGACGGGAAGAGCCUCCAGGCAGGAGCAUCCGCAGGGAACAUCAUCCCAUCGCUCUCCCAGCAUCCCUGCCCACGCAGCGGGGCCGGAUGGUGCCCUGGGCCCUGUCUCUGGAGGGGGGGGGAUAGAGCUCACGAGUUAAGAGUUCAGAAAGUACUCUGGAGAUGGAAAGUGCUAUAUUUAGUGUGUGUUAUUAGCAA